AUGACCUCGAAUCGCCCUACACACUCUACCAGUUACAGCUUCGCCGGCCUUCCCAGCGCAACGUUCCGUGACUUUGAUGAGGACGAUCUUGCUACGCCAACCCAAAGCACCUGGCACCGCCGCUCGCGAACGACCGUCGAGAUCCCAAUCGACGUUCCACUCACCAGCCACCCAAACUCGCAGCUGCCGAAGCAUAUGCUGUUGAGCUAUAUGAAAUGGAUCGAAGACUUGUCGGCGAGCCUUCAGGCAAGGCUACGCGCCGAGGAAGCGGAUGUCGCUGAUUUGGAGGCGUACAAGAACAUGAUGGAGUUGGAAGUGGAGGAGGGAACUUCUCGCCAGUGGCGGACCCUGCUGAUGCGAAUGUUGCCUGGUGCGAAGGACUUAAAUGACGCGAUGGAGACCUUCAACGAGAUACUGGAGAAGAAGCACGACCUGCUCGUGGUAACCUCGGCACGUGCGGCACACAGCAGGAUGAGGGCGUACGAGGCGCGCGAGCAGCUUGAGAAAGCCCUCAUUGCGGCGCGGAAGGAGCUGGAAUCUUUGCAGACACCAGAGUUUGCGAUGUGA